AUGGAGUUGCAGCAGAUGGUGUUGGAGGACUUGAAGGUAUGCGCAUCUUACAGUAAAUGUUGGAGAGCAAGAGAGAGAGCACAAGAUGAUGUUUUCGGGACAGAGGAGGAAUCUUAUGAAAGGCUGGCUGAAUAUCUCCAUGCACUUAAACUUGCUAAUCCUGGAACAGUUACAGAUAUUAAAACAGAGGUUGAUGAUGGUGGUAGGGAGAGGUUCUUGUAUAUGUUUUUGUCAUUUGGUGCUUCAAUUAAGGGAUUUAGGUAUCUGAGGAGGGUGUUAGUUGUGGAUGGUACUCACCUGACGGGAAAAUAUAAAGGAGUUUUGUUGACAGCUAGUGGGCAAGAUGCUAACUUCCAAGUGUUUCCGCUGGCUUUCUCAGUUGUGGAUAGCGAGAAUGAUGAAGCAUGGACGUGGUUUUUUGAAAAAUUGGAGAGGAUAAUUGCAGACAGCAACACGUUGACAAUAAUAUCAGAUCGUAACCAGUCUAUUUACAAGGCAAAAAGGAGUGUAUUCCCACUAGCGAAGCAUGCAGCUUGCAUCGUUCACUUGGCUAGAAAUGUGAAUGCUAAAUUCCAGAACAAAGGUUUGGCGAAGAUGGUUUCAAACGCUGGAUAUGCGUAUACCAUAGGCUCAUUCCGGACUCAGUACAAUCAGAUAAGGGAAAAGAAUCUUGAAUGCGCCAAGUACCUAGACAAAAUUGGAACUGCUCAUUGGUCACGUGUGUAUUUUCAAGGUGAGCGGUACAAUCUAAUGACAAGCAACAUAGCAGAGAGCUUGAACAGAGCGUUGUGGAAGGGUAGGGGCUCGCCUAUUGUUGAGUUGCUGAAGUUCAUUCGUGCUAUGCUUACCCGCUGGUUUAGUGCACGUAGGACGAAAGCGGGGAAACACAGGGUUGGUAUGUUGAACGGCAAACAUAAUGUACUGCUCGAUCACAAGAGAUGCACAUGCAAACAAUAUGACAAGGACAAGAUUCCUUGUGGUCAUGCAAUGUUCGCUGCAAACACACAUGGGAUUCCACUUGACACACUCGUGGGUGACUUUUACAAGACCUCAGCAUGGAAAGCUUCAUACGAAGGCGUAAUAAAUCCAGAGGGACAGCUAAACUGCAACGGUGUUCAAGGUGCAAAGGGACCGGGCACAACAGGACUAGCUGUACCAAUCCUAUAUAAGUGGGAUGUGGUUUUGAUGGCCAUCGUAUCUAGUUGGGUAUAA